UUGUCCUCCCUCUCCUCCGCUCCAAAAGCAACCAGAAGCUAUUCGCGUUUAGGCUACAGGCGGAGUUUUUGAGAACUGGGAAGAAUUUGACAAACUUUGUUGAUCCCAACGUAGCCUAAACGGACCGCAGCGCUUCGCUGCCAGUCGUUAUAGAGACAUCGAUUAGUUUACUGUGUAUGUCGACUUCAAUUUAAAUACAUUACAGUUCCUUUUCAAGGAAUAUGAAGAACAACGUCAGGAGGAUGAGAUCUUGACCGAAUCAUGCAUAGAUCUUUCUUUUUUCAAACUUCGCGUUGUCUGUCUUGUUGAAAGCGCGGUUAGGACGGAGCGGUUUUUGAAUAUUUAUUUUUUCUUCGUCGUUUUUUUAAAUGAUUGCUGUUUAAUUGAAACGGACAUGGCUACUGAUAGAAUAAAAAAAAAAAUUGUGACGUGGGAAGAUCAUUUGAAUUGAUAUGAAAACGUAACUUUUUCAUUUAAACCAAUAUUGAGAGUUUUACCACUUAGCCAACUGUCUCGGACCAUUGUCUAUAACCAAUGUGGUGUCAACUGGAAGGACGCGUGGUCCGGAUCUCACCUAAACGUUGAUACGUGUUGGGAGUGAUGCACUGGCUUCCCCUGGUUGCCAUGGUGAUUGCCUCGGCCCUGCCCUUCCCUCACAGCCCUGUGACCAGUACUGUUGCUGCGAUGACYGAGCCRGGCAGUAGCCUGGACAACCACACAGAGGACAUCGAUGACUCUUCCAGUCYCUCCCCCGGAUCUUACUCCACACUUCCAGCUCCUCAGGCCUCUGUGYACUACAACUCCCACAGRAAUGCCUCACUCAAGGACUACAAUGUGACUGCUGAUUCUGGAAGAGCAGACAGUACUAAACARCUCAGCGUGACGGGUGUCAWGAAAGACUACAAUAACCCCUCCAUAAUUAAAGAGGAGGUGCAAYCUUUGAAAMGGAAGCGAAAACAACAAAGUUAUCUGUCAAAAAGCAAUUUUCAUACAGAAAACACGAACAGCGUUGGUUUAAAUAAAUAUUCUAACACCGAUGGAGGAAAACUCAYGAGCACCAAUYGCAGCAGUCAUCAGGACUACCCCUCCCAMGAGAACUAUGUACUAGGGGACUAUAAAACAGACAGCAGCAGAGCUGGUGAUGACAGCAGCUUUAGAGACAUGGCUCAGAAGGAAAACCKUCAUCACUCUCUAGACCCCAGGACCGAUGAACAGGAUCUCAGACCUCCCAACAUGUAUGUGGUGGAAACUUACAAACCUUCCACUAAUGCUGGARACCAKAGUAAAACUGGGCCAGAUCCCUCCAGUCAGAGGACCCCGCAGAGAGCAGAGGCUAGGACAGAGAGCAGUGAUAACAGGGGAGAGGASGGGAGGYAGGGUGGGCCUGGGGCAGGGGCUGGGAAWGGUCCGGAUCUGUCAGAGGAAGGAAUGGAAGUCGGACUAGGGUUAGGGCUGGGUCAGGUGCUGGGUGGUGUAAAGGAGAAGCAAGAGCUGCUGUUUUUAGAUGCACACCCGCGGGUCCUUUUCUCUGCCUCUCCUCCAGAGCACCCGCCCCUCCUCCUCAUGCUGGAGUCAGGCAUGUUGCCCAUAGAAGGAGAGGACAAGGAGGACAAGCAGGAGGAGGAGGAGGAAGUGUCGGACGCAGACGGACACAUGGAGGGUCAUGGGGACAGAGAGACGGACAGGAGUGUGCCGCUGAGCUGGGUGGACACUCUCAGGGGYGCCAGGGAGCCCCCUCGCCCCGCCCCCAGGCACAAGCGCUCMSACUUGUCCCACACCAGGCGGGGUGAGAUGCCYGUGUGCGAGRCGGAGAGCGUGUGGGUAACGGACAAGYCGACMGUCAUCGACYAUAAMGGUYAMACAGUCAACAUCGUGCCAGAGAUCAAGACAGUCAAGGGGGCGCUUAAGCAGUACUUCUAUGAGACUCGCUGCCGCCAGGAGGGGCAGCAGAGGGGUGGUGGGCCGCAGCGGGAGGCAGGGGGGGCAGGGGCCUCGGCAGCGGGCACAGUGACAGGGGCCGUAGGUGUGUCCGGGGCCAGCUGCCGGGGCGUGGACAUCAGGCAAUGGGUGAGUCAGUGUAAGGCCAAGGACACAUUUGUCCGAGCCCUCACUGUUGACAACAUCGGUCUGCAGGGCUGGAGGUGGGUCCGCAUCAACUCGUCCUGCGUGUGUGUCCUACUGUCCAGAGUAACCAGGAAAAAUAGAGGAAGGGGGUGAGGGCAGGAGAUGGAGGAAAGGUGGAGAGGAUAAUGUGGAAGAAAUGUUAACACAGAUCAUGUUUGGGACAUUGGAUGUAAUGUCAACGAGAUAGUAGGUGUUACUUUAUAGGCCAGGGUGCCUCUUAUCCAGAGCGACUUACAUUAGUGCAUUCUUCUUAUGAUAGCUGCACUCUUACAAAAAAAGGGUUCCAAAAGUGUUCUUCGGCUGUCCCCAUAGGAGAACCCUUUUUGCU